AUGAAUCAAACACUGAAUCAUACACUGUUCACAGCAGAUCCGCCGCGCUUUGAUAAAAUUCCUCAAGAUGGGGACAUUGAUUUUUUUGUAGCCGACUCCUUGAGGUAUCUGAUACAACAUGUGUUAAGAAAUAUUGCCAACUCGUUUGUGGUGACCAUAUCCACAACGUUUCCAAGACCUGAAUUGUGGUUUCACGAUGUCAUGGCUAUGCUCUUUGCCACUUGGGGCUUUAUGGCCGUUCAAAUUGUGGUGCACGAUAGGAAGUAUAUGGAUGUCGAAGUCCCAGGAAGACGUUUCUGCAACAUGAUCAUGGUGGAUUCCUAUGACAAUCUGCGACGCACCAACAUCUCCAAACACAAUAGCCUAUUCGAUAGUGAGGAAUAUUACAUUAUAUUCCUACAAAUCCGUGACACUUGGAUGCCACUGGAGAGAGAGCUGAUUUUACAGCAUUGCCUCGAUAACUAUUGGCUGCAUUGCAAUCUCAUGACUCAGAAUAGACACAAGGAAGUUUUGGUGCAUACCUACUUUCCGUUCCAGGAAAACAAUUGCUACAAUACCGAACCGGUGUUGAUUAAUAAAUUCGAUGGCGAACGCUAUGUGAAUGAUGUAAUGUUUCCAGAUAAACUAAGAAAUCUACAUGGCUGUCCUUUGAAGUUGAGCACCUGGGAAGUUCCUCCGUUUAUCAUCUAUCAACCGAAUGCCACGGAAACUUUGAGUGGCUUGGAGAUGUACAUUUUGCAAUCGCUGCGAAAGGAUUUGAAUUUUACUAUGAUUGCGGAAACAGUAGCAAAUGGUAUCAAUUUGGAUACGAAUCGUGUGGAGGCUUUCGAAUUGCUCAACGAUCGUAAGACCAACAUUACUGCUGGCUUCUUUCGACGCACUGCCGAAAGAGAUGCCAUAGCCAGCCCCACCUAUGUGACCUUCAAUCUACCAGUGGUUGCUGUUAUACUGCGCCGCCAAAACGAAUAUCAAUCACUGGAAGUUUUAACGUUCCCCUUCGACACCACCAGUUGGCUAUUGUUGAUACUGAGUUCCCUUAUACUCAUGGCCAUUAAUAAGAUUAAGCGACGACCCCGUCGUUCUUAUGUCAACAGUUGGCAAAUUGUGGAAGCCCUACUGGGAAUGCCAUCACAUGAAAUGCCCGAACGAUUAUCUCUACGAGCUACUCUGAUGAUUUGGACAUUGUCAACUUUGAUACUUCGUUCUGUGUAUCAGUCUCUGCUGUUCUAUCUCUACCGCACACGCUUCUAUCGUGAACCCCCAAAUUCAUUGUCGGAGUUGGCUGAGUCUGGCUACAGGGCUGUGUGCACCAUACGAUCUGAGCCAGUUCUGGAUUUUAUUCCCCAAUUUAUGGACAAAUCUUUGCACCUGACCGUGCUCAACACCACCAAUGAAAUGGAGCCUUUGCUGUAUUUGGAAACACAUCCUGAGGAAAAUAUUGUGGCCAUAUCGGUGGCCGACACUGUCUACUAUUAUGUGCAGAAGAUGUUAAGCUUGGACAAUGUAUUUCUCAUACUCGAUUUUAGAAUCAACGAUCAGCAGGUUAGCUACUAUGUACCGAAGCAUUCCUAUCUCAUCGAUAGGUUCAACAAAUACAUACUGACCUUUCAUCAGACGGGUUUUUUGGAAUAUUGGCGAAAAAUGUCGCUGGAGUCAUAUCGCGUUUUGAGUGGUUCUGAUGGUACCGAAUAUGAAAAUGAGUUGCUUAUCGAUAUGAAACAAUUUAUGGGUUUCAUGUCAAUUCUUUUGUUUAUGCAUUCGGUGGCCUUAAUCGUAUUCAUCCUGGAAAUGCUAUCGAAGAGAUAUGCUUUUUUGCGGAAGUUUUUAUAA